CGUGAACAAAUAAUGCAUAUCAAGAUUUGAGAUUUACAGGUAUUAUGUUUCAUGUCAUUUUAUGUGCACUCACUGGUACAAGGAAUAUAGCAGGACAAUAACUGAUGAGGUUCUGUGGAAUAAAUAAUUAUAUUAUAGUAAAUUUUUAACUCCGCUGCUGGAUAAAGGCCUUACCACAUCUUGUAAGUCACCACGAUGGUUAGUAUUGACUGUUGAAGGGAUAACGUAGGACCGGUUAAGAUAUUACUUGCCACUGAUUUAAGCCAUGAACAGGAAUACAACUCGGGUCGUCGGGUUUUUGGCAGUGUUGUGCACUAACCACUGCACCAAUGUUCCCACCCUUAUAAUCGAAGGUAAUAUACGUGCCUUGCAAACAUGCUGACUGCUGAGAACAAUAGUCUACAGAAACCUCACACAGGAGCAACAUUACUCAAUGGUUUAAAUAUCUACAUCACAACAGCAUUUUAUAAUAAUAGCAGCCUUUUAUAGGUUAGAUACAAGACAGCCCAGGAUAAUUUAUUUGAUUUGAUGUACCGUAUUAUUAUGUUUCAAAACUGUAAUUGUAAAGAAUUUUCUGCAUAUGUAAUGCAGUUCUAAAUUACACUUGGCAAUGUUACAUGACUACAAAUACGGCACCGAAAUGUAAACAUGUGCGGUCUUGCACAAUAUAUCACGUGGUCGUCUUUGAGCAUUAUAAGUUUGGGUUGAUUUUUUUUGCGUACAAUUCUUAGAGCCAUUGUCAUGUAAGCAAGGUUUUGUAAAGUCGGCAAACUUAGAGCAUGUCGUUUUUUUUGUACUUGCCAGUGCAGGGAAUUUUAGUUUAAGUGUCUUAUUUUGAUUCGUUUUUCUUUUGGAAGACUGCAGGUGUCGUGGUUGAUAAGACGGAGCAUUUAAACUGGCCAGCCUGUUUUGACAGAAGAAGCUAAGCAUGUCUGGGAGGCUUUAUAAAGAAUUGGUUCAAAUUGGCGCCAGCAUGGCUUACCCUGGCAGAGAAGCAGGGCGUUAACGAUAGCCGCUGCACUGUACAGCACCCUAUACAGGCCCUUACGACAGCUGCUUAACAAAGGAACCCCUUAACAGAACGGAUGGUGAGCUGGCUGGGAAAAUGGAGAUGAAUACAAGGCUGAGAGCCUCAAGCCCACACAACUCGGAGGGGGACAUGGUGUUGCUGCACUCCGGGGAGCCAGGCACAGCCGAACGGGUACCGCAGAAGCGCCGGCUUCCGAGCCCUCAGCCUCCGUCCAACGGACACCACGCAACCCGCGAUACCUCUCCCGCAUCCUCGCCCUCCCCCGGCAAGAAGAAAAAGAGGCCCAACACCCCGCUGGGCAAGGAGCAGAUGCCAGUGGCACGCGGACCGUUCUACCAGCCCUCCUCUGACACGGCGCCGACGGCGCCGCAGGACGGACGCAACGAUUUCUACUGUUGGGUUUGCCACCGUGAAGGCCAGGUGCUUUGCUGCGAACUCUGUCCACGUGUCUAUCACGCCAAGUGUCUCAAACUCGCCGCGGAGCCUGAGGGAGACUGGUUCUGCCCUGAAUGUGAGAAAGUAACAGUGGCAGAGUGCAUAGAGACGCAGAGCAAAGCGAUGUCCAUGCUCACAACGGACCAGCUCAGCUACCUGCUCAAGUUUGCCCUGCAGAGGAUGAAACACACAGGGACGGAGCCAUUUCAGAAACCCGUCUCUCUGGAGCAGCAUCCUGACUACACGGAGUAUAUCUUCAACCCCAUGGAUCUGAGCACGCUGGAACGGAACAUAAAAAAGAAAAUAUAUGGCUGCACGGAAGCAUUCCUUGCAGAUUGCAAAUGGAUCCUUCAUAACUGCAUCAUCUAUAAUGGAGCCAAUCAUAAGCUGACCACCACUGCAAAAAUGAUCAUCAAAAUCUGUGAACACGAGAUGAACGAAAUCGAAGUGUGUCCCGAGUGCUACCUCUCCUCAUGCCAAAAGCGAGACAACUGGUUUUGCGAGCCAUGUAGCAUCCCGCACCCAUUGGUUUGGGCCAAGCUCAAGGGCUUUCCGUUCUGGCCAGCCAAGGCCCUGCGUGAGCGGGAUGGACAAGUGGAUGUGCGCUUCUUUGGCCAGCAUGACCGGGCGUGGGUGCCGGUCAGCAACUGCUACCUGAUGUCCAAGGAGAUUCCCUUCUCGGUGAAGAAAGCUCGUGGCAUCUUCAAUAACGCCAUGUCUGAGAUGGAGGUGUACGUGGAGAACAUCCGCCGGCGUUUCGGCCUCUUCAACUACGCGCAGUACCGUACGCCCUACACGCCCGAUACGCGCUUCCAGAUCCUGCGAGACCCCGGGAGCGGCAUGCAGCCCAGUCCAGAUGAGGAGGUCGAGCGGGGAAAGCUGUCAUUUGACAUGGCUGCCUCACCCAAGGUGGUGCUGAGCCGUCUGGGGAUGUCAGGUGGCUCCUUGGGCUACGGCGGGCACGCCUCCUCCGUGGGCACGCGCUCCCCGCUCAGCAACGUGUCGUCAGUCCCCACGGGCUCGGAUGCUGAGACGGAAGGAGACCGGGGGUCACCGAGUACUCUCAAGGGCUCGCUUAAGGUGGAGAGCCCGGGUUCCUCCAUCUCGUCAUCAAGCCGCAAUGUGAUUCCUAAAUCGGAGAAGCUGUCCCGCACCUCACCGGCCAGCAGCAUCCUCAACCUCAAGCUGGACCGUAGCAAGGCGGAGAUGGACCUGGAGGCGCUGAGCGAGACCGUGCAGCAGAGCGCCGCGCCCGUUGCCAUGGCCCCGUCGCCAAAGAAACAAAUCAAAAAUAGCUUCUUCCUCAACCUCGACAAGACCAUCGCCAACUGCAAAGCCUCCCUCGGCAUCAAGAAGAUGGCAUCCGAGGAGCAGAGCGACUGGGAGAUGUCGGAGAACUCGAGCGAGAGUGAGGCCGACAGCGUCGCUGAGGACGACGACGAGAGGGGUCUGGCGGCUCGACGGGCGCGGCGCGUGGCGGCCUCUGCCACCUCGGCACCGGGCGCACUGGGCGCGGACGGCAGAGGCCGAGGACUCGGGGGUGGCGCCAUCGCGCAGGGGGACGGCGGCGGCAACAGUGCUGGCAGAGAAGAGACGGCGGCCAGUGACAGCGGUGGUGUCAAGCAGGAUCUGAGCCAGAACGGGAAUAUGAGCGCCAGGCAGGACAAAGCGGGCAAGGAGAAACCCUCUGGACGGAGGGAUGCAGCUUCGAGCAGCCCGAGCGAUGCUGAUGAGAAGCAGGCACAUCGCUCCCUGCGUGUGCGGGCGGCUCCCUGCAAGGAGGAGGAUGACGACGACGAUGACGACGACGACGACCCAGACUCGCCGCACUCCCUUGGCCUGGACAGCGACUCGGAGAGCGAGCUCGUCAUUGACCUGGGGGAGGAGAGCCGCGAUGAAAGGGGAGCACCGCCACCAUCCUCACGGCGAAAGGGCAGGAAUGGCGAGACAGGGAAACGGACGAGCCGAUCUCCACCGCGAAAAGAGGCACCCUCAAAUCCCACGCAGCAUAGCACCAACAAUCGUGCCAGCUCUUCGGCAGGCCCCCCACCAGUGGCCAAGCUCCCCGAGCCCUCCUCCACUGGUAAGGAGAAAACCUCCACUGCAAACCCCAAGCCGUCGUCCUCCUCGUCUUUCUCCUCUCCUUCCGCCUCGCCAUCCAUCACCUCCCCACCAGCCAUCGUCUCCACCUCAUCUGUCACCCCAGCCACCCCUGCGACGGUGGCAGUCGUGAGUCCCAUCAAGAAGCAGCGGCUGCUUCUGCCCAAGGACAGUGCUGGAGGGCAGGGUGCUACUCCCAGUGGGUCUGCUGCCGCUGCCGCCGCCACCGCCACCACAUCCACCACAACAACCACUCGCUCGUCUUCCUGGGCAGUCCCCGGCAAGUUCCAGACGUCCUCACAGAAGUGGCACAACCAGCGGAUGCAGAGGCAGCAGCAGCAACAGCGAGAAGGGAUGGGCUCCCGCUACGCCACCAGGCAGGCAACUAAAGCCACCCAGGAGAAAGAUAUCCUGCCAGCACCACCCCCAAAAUCCACCCCAACUGUCACCACGGCGACAGUCACCCUGGUUACCAGCUCGUUUUCGGGAGCAACCUCAUCUGCCGGGAGUCGGAAGUUGCCUGCAACUGGCGAGGGUGGGGGCGGUGGUGGGGGAGGAGGAGCAGCAGGGGGCGCAGGGGGUGCUAAUAUCCCCCCCCUCUCCAAAGCCGAAACUACCAGCGUUGGGAGCAACUCUGCAGAGGUGGCGGCUGACAUCGCCAAGUACACGAGCAAGAUGAUGGAAGCCAUCAAAGGCACCGUAACGGAGAUGUACAACGAUCUGUCUUCGGGUUCUUCUGGAAACACUCUAGCGGAGAUAAGAAAGUUAAGGAUAGAAAUUGAAAAGCUUCAGUGGCUUCAUCAACAGGAGUUGUUGGAAAUGAAGCACAAUGCAGAGCUCACCAUGGCGGAGAUGCGGCAGAGCUUCGAACAGGAGCGAGACCGGCUCAUGGGCGAGGUGCGCAAGCAGACGGAGAUCGAGAAGCUGGCCGUGGUGGAGGAGACCAAGAAGAAGCAGUGGUGCGCCUACUGCCGCAAGGAGGCAAUCUUCUACUGCUGCUGGAACACCAGCUACUGCGACUACCCCUGCCAGCAGGCGCACUGGCCCGAGCACAUGAAGACCUGCACGCAGUCAGCGAGCACCCAGCCAGAGGUGGAGGCAGAGGCGGUGCCGGAGACGGCGGUAAAGGUGACGGCCCAGCAGGUAGCUACUGCCACCUCCACGGCCACGCACACGGAGGGAAAAGUGGCGGCGGCGGUGGUGGUGGCGGCGGCAGCGACGGCGAUGGGGGUGAAGGAGCAGGUCAAGGACAAGGGGCAGGAGAACGUUACGGUUAAAUUCAUUCCAACAAGCCCGACUGCCCAGAUAGUGACCAGCGUAUCCACAAACCAGCCCAUAAAGUUGAUUCCUGUGCAACCACAGACAACGUUCAUCCAGACAGCACAGCCCACAAUUGCCAUCCCGGUGGUGAUGGGAACCGCUGUGAGGCAAGGUGUCCAGUACGUGCAAACUAGCAUGCCGCUGCAAGUCCGCCGGCUGUGAGGGUCCCCGAGCAUGUUUAUACUGUAUAUGCAAAAUUCCCUGAACUGUUAAGACAAGAAUACAAGCUCUUGCAAAGAAUCGUUAUUUGAACACCUAAGAAAAACCGAGACUUGAUCACGCCAAGAAAACUGUUGAUCCGAGAAGACUGAAACUGAACUUGAUCUGUUUAGCAGAAAUUUUGAUUGAAGGAUUGUGAUGCAAUCAAGAAUUCUGGAUAAUUCAACAGAAGCUGGAAUAUGCUCUUCUUGCCACUACUCCCAAAUUUGUCUACAUCACUUCACUCCAAGACUUACAUUUUUUGUAAUAAUCAAAUACCCUCAGAGCCUGGGGUAAUCCACACUGCCAGGUAUGCUGUACAAAGGUCAAGCCAUCGGUGAAGACGCCUGUAAAUUGUUGUACGUUCAUGACACUAUACAAGGCCAAUGUUAAAACGUAGGUGCUGUAUCCAGGACUUGUAAAUGAAACAAAAAAGAUUGUCAUGCCCACCGACGACAAGCAUGCACCUGCUGCCCCAUUAACAUAUACGACGUGUGUUUUUGUUUACAAUAAUUUUUUGUAAUAAAAGAACAAAGAUAAAACAUGAAGAACACAAUUCGGAGGUUUUGCGCUUGGGUACGUCACUGUAUAAGACCACUGGGAUGUGACCAAUGUAUGUCCACGUUGACAUCUGUGCUUUAUCUCGAUGUAGCCCUUCAAAAUAGAAACAUGCUAAACCCGGUAGUAUGCAGUCAGUCUCAAAUGACAGUAGUUUUGUAACACAGUGUAUUAAUAAUGCAUAUAAGGGAGAGCAUGUGCGUACUUGAUUUCUUGUGCUGAGAACGAGUUUAGGGUGGAGUUCACCAGGAAUGCUUUCUGUGCAAUUGCAGGGAGUUUUAUAUAUAUAAAUUGUAAGCUGUGAAAUGUACAUAGUUUCCCUUCACUACAUUUGUAAUAAACACAGGGGCCAAGAGCGGCUGAAGUGCACCCCCUGACUGGGUUGGUGGCAGCACAGAGCUCCACAGGAGCUCGUGGUUGUGGAUGAUGGUGCAGCAGUGCAUGUGUCUACCCCAGUGGUAACAGUCGCCCGUUUGUUUGCGGUGGGAAAGUCCCCUUAUAGGGGGCUCUGAAACGUCCAUUGCAGACAAUUUAUCUCGUGUCACAAUCGGCUUUGUGUAAACUGCACGUAUGUCUUUGCUUAUUAAAUAAGAAAUGGAUAUUCCUCCUUAAUUGUUAUUUUUUUACCAGACCUUCAUAAUUGUAUAAAGAGCAGUUUAAACAGCACUUGUGUACAUAUAGAGAACGAUAGCAUUGUUUUGUAAAGUAUUUCUGCGAUUAUUCCCCAACGAAUUUUUGGGAGAUAAUGGCUGACACAGGUGGCAUACUUGUGAUCCUUGAAAUGUAACGCUGGAGAACAUUUUAUGGAUAUUUUUUAACAGUCCACAUUGUUUCUGGAACAGCAAGUAAGAGUGUUGUGUGUAACUUGCGGUAUGGUCUCACCAUAAGAUACCUUAUGAAUGAAUGUAUGUUUUGUAAAUUUAACUUUAUUGUUUUGAAUAUUAAACCUAUAUGCUUGAAAA